AUGGUUUCCAGAGCUCACUAUAUUUCUCCUGCUCCUGACAGGGACAGGCAAGCUUGACCCACAUUAUCCCAAAGUAUGUGGGCACAAAGGGAACGUUCUGGACAUCAAGUGGAACCCAUUCAAUGACUUUGUAAUAGCUUCAUGUUCAGAAGAUGCCACAGUGAAAAUCUGGGACAUCCCCAACCAGUUGCUAAAAAGAAACAUUACCAGUCCGAAGAAAGAACUUCUUGGGCAUGCUCGAAGAGUCGGUCUCAUUGAAUGGCAUCCCACCAGUGAUAACAUCCUCUUCAGCUCUGGCUAUGACUACAAGAUAAUGAUCUGGAACCUUGAUACCAAGGAUGCUGUCAUCUCAAGGCCAGUGAAGAUUCUUGACACACACAAAGACGUGGUCCUCUCCAUGUCAUUCAACACAGAUGGCAGUCUCCUUGCUACAGCCUGCAGGGACAGAAAGAUACGCGUGAUAGACCCUCGCGCAGGAACAGUCCUACAGGAAGCCAGCUACAAGUCUCACAGGGUCAAUAAAGUCUUGUUCCUUGGAAACAUGAAAAAGCUGUUCUCUACUGGAACAUCUCGGUGGAAUAAUAGACAAAUUGCAUUAUGGGAUCAAAAUGACCUUUCUGUGCCUUUACUGGAGGAGGAUCUGGAUGGCUCCUCAGGACUUCUGUUUCCCGUCUAUGACUCUGACACACACAUGCUCUACGUGGUGGGAAAGGGUGAUGGAAAUAUACGGUACUAUGAGAUAAGCCCUGAGAAACCAUACCUGAACUACCUGAUGGAAUAUCGUUCUCACUUACCUCAGAAGGGAAUUGGAAUGAUGCCAAAGAGAGGCCUUGAUGUGUCAGCUUGUGAGAUUUUCCGUUUCUACAAACUGAUUCCAACUAAAAGCCUGAUUGAGCCCAUCUCCAUGAUUGUGCCUCGACGGUCAGAAUCAUACCAGGAAGACAUCUACCCGUUGACGGCAGCAGCCCAGCCAGCACUGACAGCACAGCAGUGGCUGAACGGAAUUAACAAAGGGCCUCUCUUGGUAUCCUUGAGACCAGGCUCUGGAGCUGCGAAUUCUCUACCACAGUUUCCUGAGCCAGAGCCACUCAUGAAAACUACUGACCUGAGCCAGCAACAGGGCUGGGGAGGAAGGAUGCCACUGGAGGAAAAACAGAAGCCAAGUGGGAUUGAAGGUGGCAGAAAACAGCUGAAAGUGGAGGAGAAAUUGCCAAAAAAUGAGCAAAUGUGCCUCUCCAAUGGCUUUGACAUAUUUGAGUGUCCACCACCCAAAACUGAAAAUGAGCUUUUGCAGAUGUUUUACCGGCAACAGGAAGAAAUCCGUAGACUACGUGAGCUGGUAAACCAGAGAGAUGUCCAAAUUAAACAGCUGGAACUGGAGCUCAGAAACCUCUGCACAGACACAGGCAAUUACUGA